AGAUUCAAUGUAAAGAGGAGGCCGGGUCCUUCGGGGAAGGCCGGCAUGUGUGAUCAGCCAAGGGCGGCUGGUGAAUAGCGGUGCUUAGAGCAUGUGCAGAGUCCUCUCCUCCUGCGAACGGGACGCGCUCAACUUCCCCUGUACUCUCGGACGCGGCUGUUUGGGAGAAGUUCAGCGCAGCUUUUGAGGGGUGACCUCAUGGAGGAGGACUUUUUGGGCCUGCGUGGGCGUGAUGUCGGGGAGCUCAGGGCGAAGUGAGGCAACUGGGCUUUACCACGAACGUCAGCGCCUUGAACUGUGUGCCGUCCAUGCCCUCAAUAACGUCCUCCAGGAGCGACUCUUCACCCAAGAGGCAGCUGAUGAGAUCUGCAAGAGGCUGGCCCCAGACGCCAGAUGGAAUCCCCACCGCAGCUUUCUGGGUACGGGUAACUAUGAUGUCAACGUCAUCAUGGCGGCCCUACAGAGUGUCGGGCUCGUAGCCAUCUGGUGGGACAAGCGCAGGCCCCUGGAACAGCUGUCCCUGGCAGGGGUUCUUGGCUUCAUUGUGAAUGUCCCAUCCAAUGUGUCCCUGGGCUUCCUGUCUCUUCCCGUGAGGCGUCGGCACUGGGUCGCUGUGCGACAGCUCGAUGGCACCUACUACAACCUUGAUUCCAAGCUGAAGGCUCCCAUUCCAAUUGGCGGGGAAACUGAGCUCAGGUUAUUCCUACAGGAGGUGCUUUCUCAGGGCCCCUGUGAGUUGCUGCUGGUUGUGCCUCACGAAGCAGAAGAAGCCAGGAGCUGGCUAAGCACUGUCAAGUGAACCUUGGUACCAAAGAACUCCAUCUGCGCCCAGAGCAAUCUGCUCUGCCACCUCCUUGCAACCGCGAUGUGAGGAGGAGAGGGCAGUGCACUCCCGUUACACUGCCAGUCUCAGAGCUGAUUUCCAGAAAUCCAUCCUCCCUCUGCUCCAGGAUAUAAGGGUCCCUGGCUUUCCCCUGCUUUUAAAAGACUCAGCCUGUCCUGGGAUAGUAUGGAAUAAAGGUUGCAGUAAAAAUGGUGGAGGAUCUCUUCCGGGCACACUGAAGCUGAAAGAAUAGAAAUGUUGUGUCUUCCAUUAGUAACCUCUCUAGGGCGAGGAAGAGUUUAUAAGCAGGGCAUGGUAGUGAUAACCUAACCCUGUUGAUCCCUAGAGUGUAUCAGUCCUUGGUAUCAAUGUGCCUGAAUGUAAAGAAUAUGUUUUUAGCUGUUAUGGCUAAUCAUCCCCCGCAGACCUUUCCUCCCUAUAUUUAUGUGAUCCUUUUUGUAAAAAUUGUUUCUGCUAAUGCAUGAAGUUCCAUGGGCCAAUCAGGAACUCUUUGUUUUUUUGGUUUGCCCUAAACCUGCUGCCUGCUCAUUUCAGGGCUGACCCUUGAAGAACAUACGGGGUUUUUGUGAGAGUCUGGUAUGAUCAAGUCAGGGGGAUGCUGCGUGCUGAAGUAUUAUGAAUUGACCAGAUAUCUUUGGGUUUUUAUAGUGGUGGAGGGGCCUUUUGCAGUCAAGGGAGAGGGAAUGCUAUGGGAGAGUGAGAUCAAUAUGCAAGUCAGGCAAGGAGCGACAACAUCCCUGCUUGGCUUUCUGGAAGCUUGUCUGUUUCCCCAGCGCAUAAUGGCAUUUGCAAGGGAUGUUCUACUACUGACCACAGAGAAGAUGGGAUCAAGAAGAGCUCUGGAGUAGUUACAAGUGAAGCAGGAGAAAGGGCAAAAGGAGAUUUUUUUUCUUGUUAUGGGAUUGCAAAGGAAAAAGCCAGCUAAUAGGGUGCUAACGAGGUACAAAGGGGACUGGGGUCAGGGAGACCUGGGAAUCGGGAGGCUAUGGACCUUGUCUCCGCGGUGGAACGCAGAUCCACAAAACUCUAAGCAGGGCAUCAAUAGCCUGGUUAUGAAAAUUGAACAGGCAGACCUGCGUUCAACAAUGAUCUGCUAUGCAAAAAAGCUGGACUCGUUGAAUUUUUUAAGGACAAGCCCCAAAAGGGAUAAAAAUAAGUUGGCUACUCGUGUUCCUAUAUAAGCAAAAGGAUCUGUUGCUUUAUUUUUCUCUUAAGGGAAAGCAAGUUUCUAGCCCUCAUGAGGAGGGAAGUAAUGAAAAUAGGUGAGGAGGUAUCUUGAGAAAGGUCAGAAACCUGCACCAGAUGCUUGGUGGAGGGUGUCUGUCUAUAGUAUGGUCAGGCAAUGGGCUGUGAGCGCUGCGCUCAGCUCUCCACUCUAGUCCCAAUAUUUCUGUGUCUUUUGGCUGCCUCUGUUCCCAUGCUAUCAUGCCUUCCUCCUGGAAAAGAUCCAAACCCAACCUUGUGAAGUCUUUUACAAAGCUGAAAAGAAGACAACACAAUUAUGCAAAACCAAAUAAAACGUGUGCCAGCG